AUGCUGCGGCAGAGCUUUCAAGGCAAAUUUGUGGCGUACCUGACCCUGAAUUUCACAUGUGAAAUUACGCAGGCCACCACGGCUAAUUUCUACAAAGAUCCGAUGAAGGAGGCGGCGCUGACCCUCUUGCAAAAUAGAGCUGAUCCAAACAUUGCUGACAAGAACGGGACAACUGCUUUGCUGCAACCUCAGUUCCGUUGGCUGCGUCAAGCUGCUUGA